CUUUGCUGAUCAUCCCUUCCGCUAAAACUUCCGUGUUUAGUAUAUUGCUGGUUCACUCUGUUGAAGAGCAUCUAAGAUUUUCCUUCACUGACAUCUUCACGCCUUCUUGACGGUAUGGACACUUUAAUUUCUUACCGAUUAGAGUGUAAUUAGCUCUCAGUCCUUAACUGAACUUUUAUGUAAUUAAUGAUGUAAAUGUAGCUGAAAUGUCUUGAAACCGUGCGGAAAUGUCCUCUUGAAAAAGGUUAGGGGUCUAUGCAAAAUUCAGCUGAUUCUCGAAUUAUUGGCGAUCAGAGCAUCUUGCAUUUUCCCGUCGGGGUCUCCGGAAGUGAAAAUAUCCUCGAAUCACGAACUUGUCAAUGAACUUUUUUCUAAGGUUGAUAAAUAAGCCUUCAUUCAGGUCACAGUGCCCAAGCGGGUUAUUGGGCAUCAGCCGAAGGAAAACGCACUCUAGAGAGUGAAAACGCGGAACAUUUGUCACAUAAACUCUGUUCCGAUCAAAGCUACUUAAGGCUCUGCAGUUAUCUAUCUAUCCUCACUGGCUGGAUUUUUGGUGUUGUUUAUUGGAGCCAGUGUAUUUGAUUUCCGGAUUUUUCAGACUGGGAUGUGGUCCUUCCCUGUGUCUUGGAGUCGUGCACAAAGUACACGGAAAGUAGCUAUAUUGACUGUCCUGAUCAUGUUUCCUCCACACCUUAAGAAUUGAAGCUUUUAAGCUUGUUUUUUUGUUGUUUGUUUUUUAAAAUAUAAAUGCAAAAGAUGUAUUAAUCAAUAUGCUAAAACAGAAUUUUCUCAGUCAAGGUUGAGUAAGUGUUUUGUUUCUUUUAUGAGGCUACCAGAGGAUUUAUUCCGCUACUGGUUCGCGAAUCGUCGAGACUUCAAUGGUGACAGAUUAUACUUUAGAUGCAUUUCCCAAUAAGGUUUUGUGUACAGAUAGGAAACAGCUCCUCCCUUUAAUCCAUUUGAAUCGGAUUCCUAUGAUUUCCAUCUCUCCCCCAACAUGUAUAAGCAAGCCGGCCCAUACAAAUUCGAAGAAAACUGAAUAAUUUUGACUAAAUUAUCUGUUGAUUGAUCGAUCAACAGAUUUGAAGGGCAAAAGACUGAUGUGAUCUUCAGUUUGGCAUUAAACAUACAAUAAAUUACAGUUAUUGAAUCUCGUGAUAACAAUUUAUGCAGAAAUGAUGCGUUUACAAGAGUAAUCUGUCAUUAAAGUUCAUCAUUCUGGACUGAUCUCUGCCGUCUCUUCUCAGACGUCAAUUCGCGGGGAAUCCAGCGGCGCCGUCAGCUGUUCGUAGAGUUGGCAUAACAGACAGUGACAGGGGCGGUGUCCACCGACCUGCGGCUUUCUAAUUAACACUGUGCAGUCGCUUCACAGUCAUAAAAACGCUGUAUCGUUUGAUAAAAGCAGUUCACAUUAGACAAAAAAAAUUGUCUUUAUGUCUAAGAAAAAUGGACCCAUCAUCGAAAAAGAGAGACAAAAACUGCACCAUCGUUGACUGCACCUGUGCGUAGUGUUUUGUCAUAGCAGUUCGCGCAAACCAAUUAAAGAGAUUCAUUUAAAAGGCACUGCCAUUUGAAGUCGUCACAGUCAAUGAAAUCACGGCUAACCGCUCUCAGAAUUAAUCAAGACCAAGAAAAUAAAUAAAAGCAGAAUUCAGGAGCGUAGCGUCCAUGUACGCACAUACGCCUGUGCGUUCAUGUACAGCUAAAAUGAAGAAAAAAAAUGUUUCCAUUUUCGGAAAAAAAUUUUUUUUUAAUCGUUAAUCGGAAUGACUGGUACAUUUUUCGCGCUAUUUUGGUGUCUUUGUGUUACCUUUUCCUUAUCCUUUUAUUAUUCCAUAAUUCUGAAGGGGUCAAUGGCCUUUUUUUCCGGUAAGCACUGUACCUUACCGACAACACUAGAGAUGACUGAAAUAAACAACCAACUACUGCAUUUUCCUACGUAUUACAAGUAGACUAAUGUGCUGAAAAUGUACUGCGGAAAAACGCUGGAAAUGGCAUUUCGGAUACCCUAAAUUUAAAAAUUUUCUGGGGGAGCACACAAACGUGCCUCAAAAAAUAACGAAAGCAAGAAUAUGUUUAACCAAUAUAACAGAUCACUUACCCGUUUUCUAUGCAGUGGCAAACCGGCUUCCUUUAUGCCAAGAAACAAAACAUUUCAAGAGAUUUUUCUCACUUUCAUAAGGAUUCAUUUUAAGUGACCUUGAGGCUAUAGACCUUGGCACGGUUUUCGACGUCAUCUUGACGAGUAGGCAAACGUGUGAUCGCAGCGAUCGCAGCGAUCGUAUGGAAACCAGGCUUUAAGUAGAAACAGUUGCGUUAGGGAAUACAAUUGGAAGAAGCUAGUUGACACUAAUUAGAUAUUGUUUUAUUGAGAGGAAUAACAUGAUAUGAGUAGAAAUAUAUUUCGGCAGUUUCAAUUGAUAAUGUUCGGCUAUCAACUUUGACAUUACAUGAAGCAUAAUUUAAGGUGGCUCGACUGGAUUUUUUGGGGGGGAUACCUCCCACGUUUGAGCAUUAACUACGUCGGCAUGAGUAAAGAUAUGGAAAAAAGGUUACCACAACUGUGUUAUAUAAUGAUGAAAAUUUCUCAUGAUCUAGGUUUUAUUGCAGUCGGAGUCGCCAUGGCAACGUAAUGACGCCAUUACGCUUUUUAUUUAUCUUUGUGUUUCUCUGUACCAGGAGUUUUUUGAAGAAAUCGCUUAAGGGAGUAUGUACCUGCCAUAAUUGCCUCCAUUAUGGCAAAGUUUCAACAAAUUCUAUGAGAGCCUUUUCGAAAUAUUUUGAAACGCAGUUUUAACAAUCAUAAAAACAAUCAAAUGGCAUGCUAUCCUCACAAUUCGCUAAUAUUUUAAGAAAAUGAUAAGCUUUGGAAACGCAGCUUCAUCCCAUAGUGGUUUGAUUCCAUUGAAAAUUGCAUACAAAAAAAGAGGCGAAUUGCUCUCAGCAAUCGCGAGUAAGAAGAAUUUUAUUAACUUGCAUUCAGCUGCUUUUGAUACAGGUUUUAGAUGUAAUUUGGUCCAUGCCUACAAAUUUUGCAUUUUUCAAAAAACGGCUCGAUAAAUUUUUUUUAUAAAUUCGACAAUCUCGAGAUCAAUUGUCAAUAAAUAUUCCCUGCAAGUUUCAAAAACAUUGAAAACAAGGAAGGCUUUUAAGUAGGGCCUCAAAUAUAACCAAUUUUUCCCCCAGAUUUUGUGUUUACAAGUGAGCGUCCUCAUUAUUCACUGGCAUUGUUUUCAAGUUUCAUAUACACGUGCACAUUUAGCAAAAAGAUAGAAUUUGCAUUUGUGAGGAUAGCAUGCUAUUUGAUUGUUUUUAUGAUUGUUAAAACUGCUUUUCAAAAUAUUUCGAAAAGGCUCAUGGCAGGUACAUACUCCCUUAAGCGAUUUCUUCAAAAAACUCCUGGUACAGAGAAACACAAAGAUAAAUAAAAAGCGUAAUGGCGUCAUUACGUUGCCAUGGCGACUCCGAUUGCAAUAAAACCCAGAUCAUAAGAAAUUUUCAUCAUUAUAUAAUACAGUUGUGGUAACCUUUUUCCGAUUUCCUCAUGCCGACGUAGUUAAUGCUCAAACGUGGGAGGUAUCCUCCCAAAAAAAUCCAAUCGAGCCACCUUAAUUGCUGAUGUUUUAAAGCCGAGGUGAUUUCUUAAAAUCGUUUGAGAAAAUUUUCUAGCAAACAAUUUACGUUUUUUUAAGUACGAAUUGUAAAAGGGCCAAAGUCCAACACCUUCACAUGCUAAUUUUUUACAAACAGGUAAUCCUGGGCCGAGUUGUCCAAAGCCGAGUUAAGAUAACCCAGGGUUAGUGCCAGAUUUGAAUUCAGAUUUGAAAGCUUGAAAAGAAUUUCAGUUUUAAUUGUUUUUGUCUAUAAGUUGAUGAUUGAAAGCUCUAAAUAUAACAGAAAAAAAUUAUCCGAGAAAAUGCUUUUGAACACAAGAAAGAGAAACCCGGGUUAAGCGCUAAUAGGCCUUCGAACAACUGGGCCCCCCUGUUUACUAGAUUACUAUGUGAUAACUCGAAUUCCCUCACGUACGAACCACGAAAGGGGCAAAGUCCGACACGUUCAUGUGCAAACUGUGUGAUUCUACAUCUCAUGCAGACUGGCUGCCUGGCAUUUUUAACUCUUAGGUUAUUUCGGGCAGCCAGCGCCCCUAUCAUCGUCUGUACUAUUGUUAUAAAUUUUUAUUUCUUGUAUAUUAUGGGGUGAAAUAAAGUGUGUUGUUGUUGUUGUUGGCUUUUCACAGUAAUAAUAGUAACUUGACCGUAUGAAGACAUCUUUAGUUUUGUAACUAGUGCCUAAGCAAAGGCUCUUUUCUUUUAAGAAGCAAUAAAAUUAAUUGCCCCGAGCAGACCCCCCUAGCCGGAUUGGGCUGUCUUCGGCGCAACAACUUUUCUUCCCCGCGGCGUACACAAGCCUCACGCUACGCCCCUGAUUCAUACAAUCAACUGAAAAUACACAACUUUCUUUGAAUCUAAAGAUGACUUCGGCACAAGUUGUCACUUCACACUCCUGACAAUUAUGUAUCCUGGCAAACAUUUUACUGACUAAUAAAUUUCUAUUUCACUUUUAAACUAAAACUGAACAACAAAUUAUCUCUAUUUUUCAGACUGUAGUUGAUCAAAUCGCAUCGGAAAAUGGCAGCACUUGUCGGAGAAAGGGUCGGAAUAAGAGAUAUUUCACGAGAAGUUUCGGUACCACAGAAUCCAAAAGCCAAACUGAUGUACUACCUCAACUGUGUGGCCACGGUUAUUCAGUUAGACGAUCCUGCUUUGAGCAGGUUAAGGAACUACCAGAGUUACUACUUGCUGAGCGAUCAAGAAACUGACGCUCUGUUGGCACUCGUAAUACUCCUCAGCCCAGAUAAGCUGAUAGGCAAGGUGUUUUUCCCGAGUGAAGACUGUGGGGGACGUACUAACCAAUUCUUGGAGCUGAGUGCCGUGUCGCAUAUGCUGGCAGUUGCAAAUAACAUCGUCAUUGGGGGAGAAAGGAAGAGAGUUGGCAAAAUAAUGUUCUUUAAGAGAUCGUGGAUGGAAAACAACUACCUUACACCCAUCAUGUCGUUUCAAGAUCGACUGCAAAGGAUGGCGCGAGGGCUGCCGGGAAGAGCACCCACUCCGCGUAGAGCACCCACUCCGCGUACAGCCCCCACUCCGCGUACAGCCCCACCUCCGUCCAGCCCACGAGCUACCUCUCAAGGCUGUUGUUGCAGUAUUUUGUAACUUUUUAAAAGAAGUUUCGUGUGCAAGUCCUUAGUGACUCAAAGUAGACUAA